UGAGUGGUAGUGUCUAUAUUUCUAUAUGUCAUUUUAACUGUAUCGUUAGAUAUCUGUUUCCUCUGUAAUGGUAAAGUUAUAUGUUCCCUCAGGGCUGGACUACCGUAAGAUGACCGAUGAGGUGUCGGAUCCCCUGGCCGCUCUGGAACCCGUUCUAACCAGUCAGAAUGUCCUGUCCAUCUCCAAACUGGCCAAUCGGCUCCCUCGCCCAGGAGGGGGUGUGGUUUCUGCUAGCGCAGUGCACGCAACCUGGCUAAGGAAGCUGUUCUGGAGGGGAGACCCACAGGUUUUAAAGAGACCCCCCCAGACAGAGCAGGACUACCUUCACGCCUAUGACACCUGCGCAAAAUACUUGGACAGACUGCUUCCUGCUGAUGCUGUCCACUUCCUGGAUGACAUAACAUUCUCUCCACCAGCUGUCAAUCAG